AUGGCUCCUUUUCUCAUUCUUCUUGUGUUCUUUCUAGAGGUUUCUACUAGCCAGGGGAUUAAAUUGCCUUUAUGGAGUCUUAGGAAGUUCAAUACAACAGAAGUAAAUUCUAUCCACUUUAAUGAAGAUGUGGGGGGCUACGUGACUGUGAUCACAUUCGGGAGUUUGACCAACAUGCACAGCCAGCUCAUGAACUUUGAUUCAGGAUCAGAUAUUUGCUGGGUGCCGAUAAGAAGUUACAAACGUCGCCAGCAAGCACUCUCUUGCCAAACCCAAAUCUGUAAGAACAUAUUUCACGGUGAUUGUGAUUCUGCAAAUAGGUGCAAGUUUGAUGUAGCCUACGAUAGAGGCAAUGCCAGAGGAAUCAUCAUAGAAGACUCUGUAAUCCUCCCAGGAGCUCGUAGCGGCCAGGAUUUUGUCCCACAAAACCAUUUCUAUUUUGGUUUUGCUCAAUCUCAGCAGGGUUUAACAGCAGGGGUGGGCGUUCUUGGCAUGAAUAGGGGUUCAUCGUCAUUCAUUUCCCAAUUCAGGGAUGCUCUAGGGGGGAAUGUCUUUUCGUUUUGCAUGCCGAUCGAAACAUCACUUUCAACCAUAGCGAAUGACGAUGAGCAGGAAUUUGGGACUUUAACUCUUGGUGAUGAUGCAAGGCGAGUGAAUGGUUUAGCGACGGUUCCUCUUCGCGAGCGAGAGGAAGACAAAGGCAUGUUUUUUGUGACGAUUGUCGGCUUGACUAUCGAUGGUGAUUACAUCGCAAUCGCUCCACAGCUCCUCCUGAUUGAUACCGGUUCUACAUUCACAAGCCUAACACCAACAAUCUACACUCUCGUCAUCCAGAAAUUUCAAAACUUGCUACCAGGAAGGAAGAAAGUUAUCAGCCAAGCCAUGUGUUUUAGAGCUUGCGAUUGUGGCCCGGUUGAAGACAUUCCAAAACUAGCUUAUCAUUUCGAUAACGGGGUUCAUAUGGAAUUAGUACCCCACAACUUAUUUGAUCGGCAGGGUGAUUUCUGGUGUUCUACAAUUAGGAAGGGAGAAACCAACAUCCUUGGUCUUGCUCAUCUGAUGAACAUUUUGGUUCUUUUGGAUUCUGAUAAUAGUCUGUUUGGCUUCAAGCGAAAUUGUAUGGGCUAUGCUAAAUGA